AUGGUAUCCGCAUUGUUCAAAUUCGGGUUACCGUCGGCGGCCGCUGCUCUGGCGACCGGAACUCUUCUCUUCACCGACGACGAGAAGAAAUCGUCCGUGUUCCGCAAAGCGUUCGCCUUCACACAGAACCACAACGCAAAAACGUUCGAUGAGCAUUUUCCACGUGGCGAGUGGGACAAGAAUUGGGAUUUCCGCGACCCAAUCAGCUUGGUCGACAAAAGAAAGUGGGAGAAAGCUGAUGAGGCGGGACGGAAGAAGCUGAUCGAUGAGAACAAGUCCACCGCAACUCGCAACAUCAUUCUCAUUCGCCACGGGCAGUAUCAUCUCGAUCGUGAGCAGAAGAAUCUCACACAGCUUGGCCGCGAGCAAGCCGAACUUCUUGGAAAGCGGCUGGCCAACUCGGACAUCAAGUUCUCCAACUUGACAAUGUCCACGAUGACUCGCGCCACCGAGACCGCCAACAUCAUCCUGAAGCACUUGCCAGAAGACUUGCCACGUAUGUCGUCGUCGUUGAUCGAGGAGGGACCACCGUACCCACCAGUGCCGGAUCACAAGACUUGGAGACCAUUGGAUCCAGAGUUCUACACGGAGGCCGCCCGUAUCGAAUCAGCCUUCCGUCGGAUCUUCCAUCGUGCUCCACCAUCCCAGAAGGAAGACUCGUACGAGCUCGUCGUCUGCCACGCCAACGUCAUCCGCUACUUCAUCUGCAGAGCUCUCCAGUUCCCACCGGAAGGAUGGCUCCGGAUGUCGCUCGGAAACUGCUCGCUGACCUGGAUCGUCGUUCGCCCGAAAGGCCACGUGUCGAUCCGUUCGGUGGGGGACAUCGGCCACUUGACACCGAACAAGAUCUCCUUCACCUAA